AUGGGACUGUUCCCCCAUGUCGCGACGUCUUCUGUCGGCGCGGCAGAACAGAACGCUGUCUUCGUCAGCGCGGUGUUGUGCUUGGCGGUUUGUGCAGCAUUCGUUGCCCACACGCUCGCGUGCAAGGGCCAGAUCUUGCAGUUCUGGAAGGCUUUCACCUUCGGGAUCCAGUUGUCAGAUCCUGACAUUCGAGAGGAGAUGUCGAAGAAGCUCAGAGCUGAAAUUCAGGACAACGCCCGCCGCAUCAACUUUUUCGUCGUCAUCGUAUGGUGCUGCGUAAACCUGAGCCUCAUGGUCAUUCACAUCGUUGCCAAGGCCCCUCGGUGGAUGACCUUCUGGCAGGACGUGGUGUGUAUAAGCGUAGGCUUUCUAGGCGUAUUCUGCCAGCUGGCCCUGAGGCACAGGCAGGAGCAGGCGACGGUCUCUGCGGUGUACGUGGUCUUCAUGCUAGGGCAGACGGUCUUCGUGAGUGCCGGCCCCGCUGAGCAGGUGCCCUACAUUGCCAUAGCAAGCCUCUGCAUGCUCAGCCGGGCGCUCUUCAGCGUGGCGUGCAUGAGGGUUCCCGUGGUGCUAGGCAUGACGUUGCUGCACUUCUUUUGCGCUACCGCCGGCUUCUCGCGGACGGAGGCGUCCUGUACCGCCGGCCACAGCUCCUGCCAGCAGCAGCACAUGCAGAUCUUCUGUGUCGUCGAGCUCGUCGGGGACGUCGCCAUCAUCGUGUGCUCCGUCGCGUGGCGCGACAGCUGCAGGCUGCGGAUCCUCCACGAGAUCCAGGCGUCCAUCUCGCAGAGAGACAGCAGCGCGUCGAGGAGCCUCCUCAACAUUGUCUGCGACGCCACCGUGGAGCUGGACGAGCGGCUGCACAUCGUGGACGAGACCCCGCGUCUCGCGAGCCUCCUGCAGCACGGCACCGAUCGUUCCCUGAGAGGUUCGAGCAUGGUUCACUUCGUGGUCGAGGAGGACCGCAAGUUGUUCACCGACCGCAUCUGCUCCGCCAACGACGAGUGCAUGGCGAACGUGUUCCACACGCGCGUCCGCGAUGGCAUCAGCAACGUCCUCAACAUGGAGGUCUUUCACGUCCGGGCUUCCGGCUACCUGAAGCCCGAUUCCCACCUGAUCGGUGUGCGCGAGUACGCCGACGCCACGGAGCACGUGGCCACGCUGUCGUCGACGGGACCGGAGCUGGCGGGCCGCGGAACGCGUGCGCAGAGCACGCGGGCACGUGGCAGGCGACCAAGCUCCCGGCGGAGCUGGGAGGCGCGCCUUCCCGAUGCGGAGCCCAGAGGGUCGCUGCAAGACGUGUGGUCUUCGUCCUCCUCGUCGUCCUCCUCUGCCCGCAGCCUCUCUUGCGUGGACGGCGAGACCGCCGCCGUGAUCGAUGUCCUCUCCGAGAGCUGGGAGAUCAUGAGCGCCACCGCGGGCUUCGAGCUGUUCUGGGGCAACGGGCCGCGGUCCGGCCGCGCCUGCCGGCUGCUGGAGUGGGUCGAGCCAGGCCAGAGGGAGUUGCUGAUCUUCUGGGUCCAGAAGACGUGCCAGAAGUUGUUGGCCGAGGCAGCGGUCCCGGACCCUGCCCGCGCGCUCGGCGGCCGCGCGCGAAGCUUCGAUGACCAGGUGUGCCUCCGGCCCCCGUCGCUCUGGCACAUCCGGCCGAAGAUGGCGUACGUGGCCAGCGUCGUUCUGGAUCUUCCCGAGGAGCACGAGGAGCAGCAGCCGCGCACGCUGGUGCGGCUGAUCUUUUCGGACAUCCAGGUGGUGCACAAGAGCGGCGCCCAGCGUGAGGCUGCUCGCAUAUGA